UGAACAAUCCCCCGACGUCACCCGUACGGGGCCCAUUUCCAACCCAGAGAGAGCCAUAAAACACGUUUGCUGCUGCGGCAAUCACUGCAGCCUGUCACAAUGUCUUACAUGAAGAAAGAUGAGGACGCUGAUCAGUCCAUGAUCAAGCUGGAUCGGACCUCCGUGUUUCAAGAUGCGCGAUUGUUCAAUUCCUCUCCCAUCUCUCCCCGAACAUGCCGUACGCUCCUGACCAAGAUCGCCGUCCUCCUUUUUACCGGGGAGCAGUUCCCCACGAACGAGGCCACCACAUUGUUCUUCGGCAUUUCCAAGUUAUUCCAGAACAAGGAUCCCUCUCUGCGACAAAUGGUCUACCUGAUUUUGAAGGAACUUGCAAACACGGCGGAGGAUGUGAUCAUGUCAACCAGCAUCAUCAUGAAGGACACUGCUGUCGGCAGCGACGUUCUGUAUCGGGCAAAUGCCAUCCGUGCCUUGUGCCGCAUCAUUGACGCUACUACUGUGCAAGGUAUCGAGAGAUUAAUCAAGACCGCUAUCGUCGACAAGACCCCUUCGGUAUCCUCCGCAGCGCUGGUCUCCUCCUAUCACCUUCUUCCGAUUGCGCGCGAUGUGGUCCGUAGAUGGCAGAGUGAGACGCAAGAGGCUGCUUCGGGCGGGAAGCAAUCGACCGGAUUCCUUGGGUUCGGUGGCAGCUCUCAGGCUCACGCCAUCUCGCAAUCGAACUUCAUGACUCAAUACCACGCCAUUGGUCUCCUGUACCAGAUGCGCUCGCAUGACCGUAUGGCCCUGGUGAAAAUGGUUCAGCAGUAUGGUGCGGCUGGAGUGGUUAAGAGCCCCGCGGCUCUUGUCCUCCUGGUGCGGUUGGCGGCUAAGCUGGCCGAAGAAGACCAGGGCUUGAGGAAGCCUAUGAUGCAGAUGCUUGAUGGCUGGCUCCGACACAAGCAUGAGAUGGUCAACUUCGAAGCGGCAAAGGCCAUUUGCGAUAUGAGGGAUGUCUCUGAUGCGGAAGCCUCCCAGGCAGUCCAUGUCUUGCAGCUGUUCCUUUCCUCGCCCCGCUCUAUCACCAAGUUUGCGGCAAUUCGCAUCCUUCAUAACUUCGCAAGCUUCAAGCCUCAUGUGGUAAAUGUCUGCAACCCAGAUAUCGAAGCCCUUAUCUCCAACUCCAACCGUUCCAUCGCUACAUUUGCCAUCACGACUCUUCUGAAGACUGGUAACGAGGCCAGCGUCGACCGCCUGAUGAAGCAGAUUUCUGGCUUCAUGGCAGACAUCACCGAUGAAUUCAAGAUCACGAUUGUGGAGGCCAUUCGCACCCUGUGCCUCAAGUUCCCUAGCAAGCAGGCCGGUAUGCUGUCGUUCCUGAGCGGCAUUCUGAGAGAUGAGGGUGGCUACGAGUUCAAGCGCAGUGUGGUCGAGAGCAUGUUCGACCUCAUCAAGUUUGUACCCGAAAGCAAGGAGGAUGCGCUCGCCCAUCUGUGUGAAUUUAUCGAGGACUGCGAGUUCACCAAGUUGUCCGUCAGGAUAUUGCACUUGCUCGGUGUGGAGGGUCCUAAGACGUCACACCCAACCAAGUAUAUUCGCUACAUCUACAACCGCGUCGUUCUGGAAAAUGCCAUUGUGCGAGCUGCCGCCGUGACCGCUUUGGCCAAGUUCGGUGUCGGUCAGAAGGAUCCUGAAGUCAAGUCUAGUGUGUCUGUCCUUCUCACCAGAUGCCUUGAUGAUGUCGAUGAUGAAGUGCGUGACCGAGCUGCCCUCAAUCUGCGGUUGAUGAGCGAAGAGGAUGAGACUGCUAGCCGCUUUAUCAGCAACGAAUCGAUGUAUUCGCUUUCAACAUUUGAGCACCAGCUCGUGAUGUAUGUCACAUCAACAGACAAGGAGACCUUUGCUGCUGCAUUCGACGUUGCCACGAUCCCUGUUGUUUCACAGGAGCAGGCGUUGGCCGAGGAGCGGACCAAGAAGCUCACAAGCGCGACGCCAACUCUCAAGGCACCAUCGACCGGCCCGCCAAAGGGCAAAGCCAACGGUGUGGCCGAGGCCGUCACGGUCGCCGCCACUCAGAAAUAUGCCGAACAGCUUAUGCAGAUCCCAGAGCUCAAGGAGUACGGCACUUUGCUCAAGUCCUCUGCCCCUGUUGAGCUUACUGAGAGCGAGACGGAGUAUGUUGUUACGGCUGUUAAGCACAUCUUCAAGGAGCACGUCGUGCUGCAAUACGACAUUAAGAACACCCUGCCAGACACUGUUCUGGAAGACGUGACAGUAGUUGCGACGCCGUCAGAAGAAGAUGUUCUGGAGGAGGAAUUCAUCGUUCCUGCGCCUAAGCUGGCCACGAAUGAGCCCGGUAUUGUUUACGUCACUUUCAAGAAACUUGCUGGCGAGCACAGCGUUCCUGUUAUCUCCUUUACGAACAACCUCAAGUUCACUAGCAAAGAGAUCGACCCGACUACCGGCGAGCCUGAGGACAGCGGAUAUGAUGACGAGUAUCAGGUUGAGGACCUUGAUCUCACGGGCAGUGACUACGUUAUUCCAACCUUUGCUGGUAGCUUCGACCAUGUGUGGGAGCAGACGGGUGCCAAUGGUGAGGAAGUCAGCGAGACUCUUCAGCUCAGCAACAUGAAGGGCAUCUCAGAUGCUACCGAGCAACUAAUUUCUACGCUCUCCCUGCAGCCCCUUGAGGGCACGGAUGUGGCCCUCAGCAACAGCACGCAUACACUGAAGCUGUUCGGAAAGACAGUGACAGGCGGCCGCGUUGCGUCCCUUAUCAAGAUGGCCUUCUCCAGCAAGACUGGAGUGACCAUGAAGAUUGUCGUCCGGGCGGAGGAAGAAGGUGUUGCGCCUGCUGUGAUUGCGUCCGUUUCCUAAGCUUCAUGGACCCCUGUAAAUGUGUAAUGGAGGCAUGUUCGCGAGGCGCAUGAGUCCUGCAUUAUGAGAUCAGAUAUUUUUUGUUUCCCCCUGCUUCAUUUUCAUUUUCCUCUUUUCUCAUUUCUCUUCCUCUAUAAUUCUGGUGCCGAGUUAGAUGCGAUGAAUAUC